AUGCAUCCCUUCGGGGUGAACUGGCCAGGUGACGUUGGUCAAACCUGGCCCAACGCCUUUGAUCGGCGGAUUGGAGUGAGAACUGUGCAAGCUUCGAGAACUAGUACGAAGCGCAAGAGAGGCCAUGUCUCUCCACUGGUCUUUGUCGUGCUGGGCGUGGUCGGCCGCAAGAUUGGGCAGACGAGAAUGCAAGCUGGAGAUGAGAGGUCCAGACAUCGCAGGCCUCAAGAAAGAGCCGGUGAGUUGGUGCAGCAGCUGUGCGAAGCAGUGACCGAAAGAAAUCUUGCGGCGACUUUGCUGCCAGAAAUGAGACGUUCAAAGCAGAUUCUGGGGCAAGUCUUGAGCAUGUUCCGUGAGCAAAACCGAUGGCACUUGGCAUGCGUUGUUUUGGAGGCGAUCAAGGAAGAUGGUGGCAUAAAGCUGAAUGAGUCCAAUUAUACAACUGGGAUUUCAAUUUGUGCGAAGGCGAACGCGUGGCAGCAAGCCUUGAAGUUGUUCCAGGCCAUGCCCAACGCGAAAGUUCAGCCAGGGGUUAUCAGUUGCAGUGCUGCCAUCAGAGCCUGCGAAAGGGGCAGCCAAUGGCAGCAAGCAUUGAAGUUGUUUGAGGCCAUGCCCGAGACACAUGUUCAGCCCGAUUUGAUCAGCUACAGUGUGACCAUCAGCGCCUGUGAGAAGGGUGGUCAAUGGAAACAAGCAUUGAAACUGUUUGAGGCCAUGCCACAUGCUCAAGUCCAGCCGGACGUCAUCAGCUACAGUGCGGCCAUCAGUGCCUGCGAGAAGGGCGGGCAGUGGCAGGAAGCAUUGGAAUUGUUUCAGGGUAUGCACCAUGCGCAAGUUCAACAGAACAUCAUCAGCUACAGUGCUGCCAUCAGUGCUUGCGAGAAGGCAGGGCAGUGGCAACCAGCGUUGAAGUUGUUUGAGGGCAUGUGCGAGUGGAAAAUUAAGCCGGAUGUCAUCAGCUACAAUGCUGCCACCAGUGCCUGCGAGAAGGGCGGGCAAUGGCAGCAAGCAUUGCAGCUAUUUAAGUCCAUGCCUGAUUUAAAGGUUCAACCCAACAUCAUCAGCUACAAUGCAGCCAUCAGCGCCUGCGAAAAAGGUGGACAAUGGAACGCAGCGUUGACGUUGUUGGAGGGCAUGUCGACGGCAAAAGUUCACCCAGAUCGUAUCAGCUGCAGUGCGGCAAUCAGUUCCUGUGAGAAGGGCGGGCAAUGGCAGCAAGCACUGAAGUUGUUUGAGGCCAUGCCCGAGGCACAUGUUCAGCCAGAUCUUAUCAGCUACAGUGCGGCCAUCAGUGCCUGUGAGAAGGGCGGGCAAUGGCAGCAAGCGUUGCAGUUGAUCGAGGCCAUGCCCAAAGCGAAGGUUCAGCCGGGGGUUGUCAGCUACAGUGCGGCAAUCAGUGCCUGUGAGAAGGGCGGGCAGUGGCAGCAAGCAUUGAAGCUCUUUCAGGAAAUGCCAGAUGCAAAGGUUCAGCCCAACAUCUUCAGCUAUAGCGCGGCAAUCAGUGCCUGUGAAAAGAGUGGUCAGUGGCAGCAAGCAUUGAUGUUGUUUGAGGCCCUGCCAAAAGCCAAAGUUCAACUUGAUGUCGUCAGCUACAGUGCAGCCAUCAGUGCCUGUGGGAAGGGUGGGCAAUGGCAGCAAGCAUUUGAGCUGUUUGAGGCCAUGCCCAAGGCAAACAUUCAGCCCAGGAUCAUCAGCUACAAUGCGGCCAUCAGUGCGUGUGAAAAAUGUGGGCAAGUUCACCAAGCAUUGAAGUUGUUUGAGGGUAUGCCCGGGGCUAUAGUUCAGCCCGACGUCGUCAGCUAUAGUGCGGCCAUCAGUGCUUGUGAGAAGGGCGAGGAAUGGCAGCAAGCAUUGAAGUUGUUUGAGUCCAUGAGAGCACAAAGGGUUCAACCCAAUGUCAUCACCUACAAUGCGGCCAUCAGUGCCUGUGAAAAGGGCGGGCAAUUUCAGCAAGCACUAAUGCUGUUUGAGGCCAUGCAUACAGUGAAAGUUCAGCCCAAUGUCAUCAGUUACAGUGCGACCCUGAGUGCCUGCGAGAAGGGCGGUCAAUGGCGGCAAGCAUUGAAGCUGUUUGGGGCCAUGUCUAAAGCAAUAGUUCAAGCAGAUGUCAUCUGCUACAGUGCGGCCAUCAGUGCCUGUGAGAAGGGCAGGCAGUGGCUGCAAGCACUGAUCUAUUUUCAGGAAAUGGCCUCGCAAGGGGAAUCUUUGGCCAGAUCAUAUCAGCCGAGCAGUCGUUUGGCGUUCAGCCUGUGA